GUUAUUUCAUUUUUAAUCAAUUUUUAUGUGUAUGUGGGUAGAUGGUUGAAAAUGCCUUACAUGCGAAGCCAGGAGGUGAGGAUGUUCUAGAUGAGUACAAGUCAGAAAAUUCACUAAAGCAUGGGACCCGAAGGAAGCUUGUCAACAUAUUGGUUAGCCAUAUGGCUGAGUUACAUGGGAGGAUUCCAUCUCACAAACAGAAAGAGAAGUAUGCCCUUGGAAUCAUAACACUUUUUCCUUCACUGCGGGACCCCUUUUCUCCAAAGGGCUAUGAACACUUUUAUGAUGCACAAAAGGGCACUGGAUAUUUAGCAUGGCGCCUCAAGACCAUAUCCAGAAAGAAGUAUCAGAGGCCGGUCAAAGUAGCUGAAGAUCUUGAAGCCCAUGGACCAAACCGCAAAAGAUCAGCAGAUGGAGUGCCUCAGCAACUUACUGGAGAUGCCUGCAAAGAGGCAAUAUCAUUUCUUCUCCAUUAUAAUGACGACACAAGUGUUAUGGAAAAGAUGAAGAAGACCUUUAAACACCGCCAGGAACUGAUCCAUGACCCACAAAGAACAGAAGAAGUCUUCAAAGUCUUUCCACGUUUUUUAGAUGUCAAAGGACUUCUUAACCAAGACUUUGUGCUGGUGUUUGGAGCAGAAACUGCCUCAAGGAUGCUUGAAAAGUGGGACACGACAUUUAAGCAAAAGAUCAUUGAGGAGGCCAAACACCUGACACAGACAAAUGAAUUGUUUCAUCUUUUGAAAGCUGCUGAAAAAUUAGCAGAGAAUGAUGAGACCAACUGGGACAGUGAUAUGGCUUCACUGCUCCUUCUUCAUCUGUUGCCACCCACAGCAGGACGAAAGAGGAUUAAAAUAAGCCCCAAUGAUGCUGUGCCUAAAAUGGUGCACUUUCAUAAGUCAUGUUGCAGUACUGGUGAACACCUGCAAAAACGUGAAGGCAAGCAACCCUACAUCCUUGCCAUUGGCCGAACGCAGAACAAAAUUGAGACCUUCUACAUAGUUGUGGACAAACAGCUCAUUCCCUGCCAAGCCACUAGUUCACUGGGCGCGUUUGAUGAACUCUUUAAAUCCCACUAUGUUUUCAACUUGUCCUAUGAGGAAUCCCUGGUCCAGCUCUACACUUUUGUUCAAACAACAAUCUUUAACAUUGAUGUCACAACAACAGAUGAGUCUCCGAGAGUUCGUGAGUUGCGUGCUAAACUGCUCAACUAGCUUAAAAUAUGUUUAAGUGUUUAAUUUGUCAGGCUGUUCAUGUGACCUGUAAGUCUUUGACAAUCCAUUUAAGACUUGACCAUAGUUUUUAUCCAAGCACCAGGUUUAAGUUGCUUUGUGCACAAGGUUGUUUUAGGCGUCAGUUUUCAACUUAUUCUGGUUUCAAAAAGCAUUUGGAAACUGUUCACAGGGACAAGUUACAGAGUGGUAAUUCAGCAAACUUAGAACCAUUUGAGGCCACUUCUUUCAAUGACACAACAGAAGUAAAUUCGGCAGAUGAAACUCUGAGGUCAGAGGCUGGAUGUUCUGAGAAUAGUGGAUCAAGUCCUCAAAAGGAGAAUGUUAAAAUUAUCUGCACUUCAAUUAUAGCUAAACUCCAAGGAAGUGGAAUGGCAAACAGUGCUGUUUCAACUAUAAUUAGUGAUAUGCAAGAACUUACAACUGAAAUGCAGUCUCAAAUCAAAGUUGAAGUUUUGUCUGCUUUGCCUCCAGACAACCCUAUAAGACCUUCACUAGAAAAAACUUUUGACAAAUUUGAAAAUCCCUUUUUGAGCUUUAACACAGAAACAAAAAGAGUAAAAUACUUCAAGAACAAAUGGGGGAUAGUUGAGCCUGUAGACAUAAUGUUAGGUGUUCGAUUUGACAAUCGUAAAAAUAAACAAACAGGCACUUAUGAUCAAGUUCCAGUUAAAGAUACAUUUGUUUACAUUCCGAUUUUAGAAACAAUUAAAUUUAUAUGGCGAAAUUCUGAAAUAUGUAAACUUCUCAAACAUCAUCACUUCUCAAAAACUAAUGUACUUGAAGACUUUUGCGAUGGAAGUUAUUUUAAAGCACACCCACUUUUCUCAGAAAAGCCAAAUUCUCUACAAAUUCUGUUGUAUUAUGAUGAUUUCGAAACGGCUAACCCACUUGGUUCAAAACGCACUGUUCAUAAAGUUGGUGCCCUCUAUUUUGUCCUUAGAAAUUUGCCAGCCAAGUUUAAUUCUGCUCUCAUGAACAUUCAUUUGGUUGCACUGUUUCACACAGAUGAUGUUAAGAAAUAUGGCUUUGAUCCUAUUCUGCAGCCUCUGAUUAAUGAUAUCAAAAUAUUGGAACACGAAGGCCUUUACCUUCCAUUCUCCACAGAAAAAGUCCAUGGAACCAUCUGUCAGAUAACUUGGGACAACCAAGGAAUGCACACAAUUCUGGGUUUUACAGAGUCUUUUAAUGGGCAUUAUUUUUGUCGUUUGUGCUUGAUUGAAAAAGAUGAUGCCCAGAGAAUUUACAAUGAGGACGAUUUCCAGGUAACUCUUCGUGAAAGAAAUGUUUUUGAAAUUCAUUGCAAACAAUUACAGUCGGAGCCACAAAAGUCAUCUCUGCCUUCCUCCUGUGUUGGUCCAUUACCCCUGUUAUGGUGUUCAUGCCUUGUUCCUUGUCCCUCGCCAUGCCACAGUAAGUUUUAGCUUUGUUUUGUCAUCCUGCUCUGCA